AUGUCGUCCAUCCCUCACUUUCGCAAAGUUCAACACCUGCCCCUUGAGGAACAAUUUAUGUGGCAAGACCGAAACCGACUUGCCCUCUACGCAGCGAUGGAGGCUAGCAUGCGUCCCGUCUCGGUCCUGGAUAGACUCGACGUGUAUUCAUCGCCACAUACCGCCCUCAGGGAGUUGUUUUUCGUCCAAAACGAAUCGGGCCCCGACAGCAUUCUGUGUCAACGGCUUCCGGAUGGUCGCGUCUUGGAGGCGUCACUUUUAGUCUCUGGCGUAGUCGCUGCAGUCAACAUGAUGCCUUUCACCCGUUCAGAACAAAUCGAACUGGGAACAUCAUGGUCGACGCCAGGCAACCAGUCCAUUGCUAUCGUCGGGUUCGAUCACUCUUCGUUCAUCUUAGCAACCGAAGCGAUCGCGAAUAUACGCGCCAUGGCUCAAACGCACUGCCCAAUCGGGUUCAAGGCAGAACCCUGCGAAAUCACUUUGCACGACCAGACGGCCAUUAUUGCGCAAACGCCACUGGGUACAGCUCGACACAAGGUAGCCCCGGGAAAGGAGCAGCUACCACACUCCCCUUUCGCGGAUCCAUGCGGCGUCAUGGCUCGCUGGUGCACUCGAGAAGACCUCGUGCCUCUGGAGAGCAACCACGUUGACACGUAUCGAGCGACUCCAACCAACAGUGGAAAAUACGACUACUUUCGCAUGACUGGAGAGAAAGUUCGAUACGGCGAGGUUGUGCAGCUUGAGCUCGGCUUUCAGAUUAUCCCUCAGAAUGGAUGGCUGACUAUGAACAUCGAUCUGCGUUCGGUAUCUGUCGUUGACUCGACCUGUGUUUCUAGGCUGCGAAAUCGCAUUCAUGCCCAUACUCCUACCACCACUCCACCAUCCGAACUGGGUAUCCAACCCACGAUCAUCAGAAAACCGCGCAACGCCUAUAUCAUCGCAUCAGUAGAGCGCGCUAAACGCGCACAGGAAGGACGGCAUCACCAUGAUAAAGCGGCCCGUGUGGAAACCUCCAAAGCGCGAACACUGAGAGACGCCCUCAUAUUCGGCCGUUCGCCCGACGAAGCUGCGUCGUGA